UUCCCCCAUUGCCAAGAAGGAGAAGUUGGUGCAUGUGCUGUGGAGAGGAUUGGUUUGGCAACUUUUUAGCGCGUCGCCAACUAUCUGUACGGACCCCAGAGGCAACGUCCCUUGGAAGGGCUACGGCCUUCAACAGAACUACAGUGGGGGAGUUCUUUGAUAACCUGGCAACAGUGAUGGACAGGCACAGAUUCCUGCCACAUAUGAUUUUUAAUGUGGAUGAAACGGGGGUAUCUACUGUUCAAAAGCCACGGCAGGUGGUGGCAGAGAGAGGCAAGAAACAAGUUGGAUCCAUAACAUUGGCUGAAAGGGGAGAACUUGUCACUGUGAUAUGUGCAGUGAAUGCAGCGGGGAAUAGCAUACCUCCAAUGUUCAUCUUCCCCAGGGUGAGAUUCAAGGAUGGCUUCCUGAUUGGAGCCCCUCCAGGAGCCAAAGGUACCUCCACCCGAACAGGGUGGAUGAACGAGGACACCUGGCCUGAGUUCCUGGACCACUUAAUAAUCCACACAAAGUGCACUCCAGAACACCCCAUGCUGCUAGUCCUGGACAACCUGAGGGCGCACAUCUCCCUGAAAGCCGUUGAAAAGGCCAAGAGCAAUGGCAUUGUGCUCCUCACCCUUCCACCUCACACAUCACAUCGGCUGCAGCCUCUUGAUGUGACAGUGUAUGGGCCGUUCAAGACAUUCUACAGCAGAGCACUUGAUGGGUUGAUGCGUGACAACCCUGGCAAAACGGUCUCAAUAUACCAAAUUCCAGGACUGGUAAAUGAGGCCUUCUUGACAGCAGUGACACCAAGGAACAUCACCUCAGGGUUCAAGUCCACUGGGAUUUUCCCAUUUAAUCGUGACAUUUUCCGUGAGGAAGCCUUUGCACCGUCCAUGGUGUCAGACCGGCCAAAUCCCGAGCCUCAGCCUGCACCCAUGCCUGGUCCAUCUGCUUCUGACAAUCCACCCCCUGCAGAUGAACCACCUUCUGCAGAUGAACCUCUCACUGAUGGCAAUGCACGUCCGUCGGGAGAUGAUGGACCUGUGUCAUCACAUGCAUGUGCCUCACCAGCUGCAUUGGAAAUGCCACGAAAUGCCAGAGAUCCUGGAUAUAUCUCUCCUUCUGAAAUCUUGCCACUUCCCAAAUGUCCCCCAAGAGCACAAACAAAAAGGAAGCGUGUUAAGACAGCCAUCCUCACUGAUACUCCGGAGAAAAAGAUCAUUGAAAAGGCUUAUGAAGAAAGACAACAGAAACUGGCAGGGAAAAAACAAAACAGCAAAGAAAAGGGGAAACCAAAAAAGAAAGCACCCAAAAAGAAAAUCAUCAUAGACAGCAGCUCUGAGGAUGGCGAUUUACCUGUCCCACUUGAAGAUGACAUAGAGAGCUCUGAGGAUGAGAGUGAUCCCGGAAACACACAUCUGUCCGUGGGUGACUUUGUCAUCGUUAACUUUGCAACCAAACAUAGGAGUCUCCGUUAUGUUGGCAUGGUGGAGAAAGUUGAGGGUGAGGAAAUACUCACUCAAUUCCUCAGAAGGAUCCAGGGACACAAAAAAUGGGAGAGACCGACAUUUGCCAUCAAAGAUAAAGAUGUGGCACAUGUCCCUAAAGGUGAUGUGGUGAAGAAGCUGCCUCAACCUAAUAGGCCUGGAGGAACCACAAGGAGAGAGCAACUCUUCACCUUUCCCUGUAAUCUUCAGGGCUGGGAUGUAGAGUAGGCCUUGUUAUAUUUUUGUAUUAUGUUCAAAUCCAGGUGUCUAGUCCUGUGUUCAGAGUCAGAGGCUGUUCUUGCUGGUUCUGUGUUCUAACCUAACUGGUUCUAUCCAUCAUUUGAAUGUUUAAAAAUGUUGAAUUAUAUUAUGUUGAUUUGAUUUUGUGACACUGCUUCCUACAUUACUAACACAUCCCAUCACAUUCCAACUGCUAAACAGCACAUGUUAUAGUUAACCAUGUAAUUUGUUAACUAGCAUAGA